UCGGAUGGAGAGGGGAACGAAACAUUUCUUAUAAAGUUUGGGGCUCGUGGAAACCUCGAGCAGCACGGGUUUGCUCGAAACAAGAUUUGGAAAAUCGACGAUAACCCUCCUCCUCUUACUCGUGGCGAAAUCAAAGACAAAUCCUGCAUCGAUUUGCUUCUUAAACCUUCUGAAGAUGAUCUGAAAAUAUGGCCACAUAGUUUUGAAUUCAGACUCAAGAUCUGUUUGACAGCAGAUGGCAAUCUCACUUUAAUAUCACGAAUUCGUAAUAUCAAUUGCAAGCCUUUCAGUUUCUCCAUUGCAUUCCACACAUAUUUCUCCAUUUCUGAUAUCAGUGAGGUAAGGGUCGAGGGGCUUGAGAUUCUCGACUAUCUCGACAACUUAUGCGAUAAACAACGGUUCACCGAGCAAGGAGACGCCUUAACGUUUGAAUCCGAGAUCGAUCGGGUUUAUCUUAGUUCUUCAGAUCUCGUCGCCGUGCUUGAUCAUGAACGAAAACGCACAUUUGUUAUAAGAAAGGAAGGACUUCCAGAUGUUGUGGUGUGGAAUCCAUGGGAGAAGAAAUCGAAAUCCAUCGUCGAUCUCGGGGACGAAGACUACAAACAAAUGCUAUGUGUUGAUGGAGCUGCAAUUGAGAAACCUAUUACAUUGAAGCCAGGUGAGGAAUGGACUGGCCGUUUGGAACUAUCCAUCCUCCCCUCGAGUUAACGACCCGACCCAACCCGACCUGACUCAACCCGUAAGGUCAUGUAAAGAAGAAAGGAUCGAACCCGGUCGAGAUCCCGGUAAAGCCAUUGAAGUUUAUAAAUGGUGUAUAUGGUAGGUAAGUAAUUAUGUGGUUUGUUCUAAUCAAAUUACUGAACUGUGAUAUACUAUAGUUGUCACAUACAUGUAUGUAUGUAAUGUUAUGUGAUGAUUAUUUGAAAAUUUUCCCUUUCAAAAUUAA